GGCUUCCGGGUGGGCGUGCGGGGCGGACGAACAAGUGGCCGGAGGCUCGGCCGUAGGACAGGGCCAUGGAGAAGCUACGGCGCGUCCUGAGCGGCCAAGACGACGAGGAGCAAGGCCUGACGGCACAGGUCCUGGAUGCCUCAUCCCUGAGUUUCAACACCAGGUUGAAGUGGUUUGUCAUAUGCUUUGUUGCUGGCAUUUUCUUUUCAAUCCUUGGAACUGGGUUGCUAUGGCUUCCCAAUGGCGUGAAGCUCUUUGCAGUAUUUUAUACCCUUGGAAACCUUGCUGCAUUGGCCAGUACGUGCUUUUUAAUGGGACCUGUGAAGCAACUGAAGAAAAUGUUUGAAACAACAAGAUUGCUUGCAACAAUUAUUAUGCUGUUGUGCCUGGUGUUUACCCUGUGUGCUGCUCUCUGGUGGCGGAAGAAGGGGCUGGCCUUACUCUUCUGCAUAUUGCAGUUCUUGUCAAUGACCUGGUAUAGUCUGUCCUACAUCCCGUAUGCAAGGGACGCGGUGCUCAAGUGCUGCUCCUCCAUCCUGAGUUGAAGGUCGUCCCUGCCCAGGAGGAGUGACUGGGAACUGAUGCUGUGCCUGCUCCAGUGAUCACUCCAGAGAUGGCAGUAGUCUCAGCCGUGCCGUGGACCGCUGAACCUCACUGUGCAGCCCUCCGGUCCCUGCCCGUUAACCUCUGCUUCCAAAGACAAGAUCGUAAUCAUUGCCACUUGUAAAUACUUGUUACCCUGUUUUUAAUCUUUACAGACAGCUUCUGAAAUGUGAAUAUUUAAGGUGUAAACCUGUGUUGUAAGAUAUAUCCCACUUAUUCAGCCUUUUUAAAUGCUCCACAACUUUAAAGAGUUUUUUAACUUUAAAAAUGUGAAACUUUAUAUACUUUAAGCCCAAAAUUACUUAUUACGUGUAAUAAAAAGUAAUAUAUGUAUCUUGACAGUUUUGAAAUAAACACUUGGAAAUGUAA